AUGGAUAUAAAUUCAAACAAAAAAUUCGAUUCAUUUCAAGAAGAUGCCAGUUAUAUGGAAUCUCAAUCAACAAUCCUUGGAACACAAUCCAACAGCGUAAGAGAAAACAAUUCUGUAAAUAAAAGUGAAAAUUCAAGUGAAUCAAGUAACAUUGAUCCCACUGAGUACAACGAAUAUAAUAAGAAAAAUAGCACUGACGAUAGUAUUAAUACAAAUAAAACUGAUAGUUUCGAGAACAAAUCGUCUAAAUUUAUCAACCAAUUCGAUCUGUACUCGAACUCUUAUCCCUGCACAAGCCACAGGGCUGAUACAGACCAGGCUCUGGAAAAUGCGAGUGAUAAUAGUAUUUCAAGCAAUACGACUAUUUUAGGAAGUGAAUACAAUCAAUUGAAUCUAAGAAGUCAUGAUAAUUCAAUAACUAGUGAAGAAACAAAACCAAAAUUGGUAGAUGAUAUUAGUAACUUUCAAAAUUCUUAUACAUUUAGCAACAAUUCGUAUUUAAGCAACGAUGAUCCUAAACCAACCAUCAAACAACCAUCUGAAGAGUCAAGUAAUAAGCAGUUGAACAAUAUUACAGAUUGUUGGACAGAUCCUAGGAAAUGCUAUUACAUUACCGAUGAUAUUUUGGGAGAAACUAAAAGCUUAAAUGUAGCCAAAAAGAAGAGCAAAUCAAAAGAAAAGCAUUACUAUAUGUCCAACAAAAUUAACACCAAUAACGAAGUGCAAACUAAAAAAAAAGUUUAUGAACGUCAUGAACAAGCAGAUAAUCAAGAAUCUGAAGUAAAAUACAUUGGACAUAAAAACAAGAAAAACAAUAAUUCAUCAAGACUAUAUACCAGUUUAACAAGUAAAAAAUCAGAACAAGCUUUAUUUGCAAGUGAUGGAGGUAGUAAAUCUGCAGUUGUUUUUAUAGAUGGAAACAGCAGGCAUUAUAGUACCCCAAAAAUUGUUGCAGAUUUAACGAAAAACCUAAUUUUGGACACAUCUUGA